UUGGUUUUGGAGUUGUGGUUUUGUUAGCAAUGCGGAGAUUUUAUUUAUUUUAUUUUAUUGAGCACGAUAACCUGAUAGUACAGACUUUGAAUCAGGUCAAGAACGUUUGUUUUGUAAUUUUCGUGUAAAAGUACGCAUACAAAGGUUCCUAUGGCAUCAGAAACACUAACCAGUAUUGUAAACGAGCUUGCCGAAGCCAAUAUUGGAGACUUGAACAUCCUUCGACUGCAGACUAUUCUGCAAUCAAGCAGUGGCGAGGAGAUCAUUCACGUUGAAUCAGCAGACCCUCUAUGGAAGCUAUCGGUUCAGUACUUACACAUACAGCGCCGGUUUCUGACAACUUGUUUGAUUCAGGAGGGAAACGUCGGCAACGGGACGGUAGAUGAGACCUUAAUCAAUCUCCAGUUAUUGGCCGGUUACACGACAGCUUUGGAUCGAAUUCGGCAGUUUACGCUUAGCUUGUACUUACCCAAGGAGCUGCGAGGCCUAACCAGGUGCGAUCUGAAGCUAAUGAUUCAACUAGAACCGGAAGAGAGACUAAAACGAUUACGCUUUUGCUUGGAAUCGUUUCGUGAGCUGUUCGAUUUGCAUGUCGCAGGUUUGCAAGCUAAACUGGAGGACUGUGUAUUGGAGUACAUUGCGGGUGUAUUUGGGUAUCACUUUUUGAAAGGUGACUUCCAAAGCUUGUCAGGACGUGAAUUGUACAAAAACUUCAACAUGUUUCCAUUGGAAACUCUGUUCAAAGGUUUACUGGUAAUCAAAGGCGUAUCAAAGCUGCCUCUAGAGAUAGCGAAACAGGUACAUAUGAUGCUACUGCAUCUAACAGGAACAGCAGGAGGUUUUCCAGUUUUGUGUAAGACGCUGCUAGUAAAUGUGCCCUCGGAUGAAACUCCGACGUGGAAAAAGAGCGAAGUGAUUGCUAAAAUUGUUGCGAUUAAGGGUCACAGGAAGGCGUUCUAUCGACAAGUGUUACAGGACUGCUUCAAUUUCUAUGAAAAUUCUCUACUGAACCGGACGGAAGACGGUCUGUUAUUUGCUAGUACUUGUAUUGAAUGCAUGAAGCAAAUGUAUCUGCUUCCUCCGGCCUACGAAGAGCUUCGAGAAACCAUCAGAGAAUACUUCAUGGGUAGAUUCAAGCCACUGACGGAACCAACCGAAUUGCUUAGUGGAAUGAUCCUGUUCGAAAGAACCCAGCUAAUAAUGGCGAUUUACAUAAAUUAUAUGGCUUUUAGUGGGUCUUCCUACACUUCAUUGACUUCGUCAAUUCUUGUGCCAUACUUGCACAUAUUGGUUAAAUUGUAUAGUAUGCUGCCGAACGGUGUCGAGGAGAAGCAAUAUUUGCAAUCGAUCAUUGUUUUCUGCUUGUCAAACCGGGAAAAGUCGGAAUUGGAGUCAAUUUUGGCUGUCUUGUUACUUGGGACCGAGGAUCUAGAGCCCAGGAAGAAGAUGCAUCCUAGAAUUUAUUUGAAAGUAGUUGAAGCUCAGGAUGACUACUCACUUCAAAUUGGGCCCGAUCAAACGAUGGCGGAUGAAGAAAACCUUGGGUCAGUGAUUGUCGAAAUUCUUAAGGAAGCGAACCGAAACCUGCUGAUUUACGAUGUUUUUGUUACUCUGCUCAAACUUUUUGAUCAUGUGAGCGAGAAAACCGAUAAUAAAGUGCUAUUAGACGCAGAGGAACAAGACGCGAUAAGGUGCAAGUCGUUCUUUCAAAAAUAUGUUCUUAUCCAAGCCCUGAUGGAUCUCAUCAGUCACAAACACUUCCACAGUCAGCUGUAUGAGAAUCCUUCCGAGAUUCUGGAUUUUAUCAAGUCACUUGUCGAGAAAAAUCUUGAUGGGGUUCAACCAAACGAGAGUUUGUUGGAGAUCAUAUUGUCCAUAUUCCAAUAUUUGCAGCGAUUACAAACCAGAAACGAUGUUCAGGAAAUUCUCGGUCUUCUGCGUCGCUUCCGAACAUCUGUUCGGUGCAGCGAACAAUUGAGAACACAAAUAGACCUCAUUUGUGAAGGCAGUUCUCACAAGCGAAGCGACAAUCUAGAAUCGUCACCCUACCAAACAGCUCUCAGCCUCUUGUCCGACAAAGAACCGUACUGUAAAGUCUACGGAACGACGCUGAUGCUGCGACUGUUGAAAGAACGCGAUAAAGAAGCACUUGCCAGCAAGCAUGCGAUUCUAAUUUUGACUUUGAAUAAUCUGCGUAACGUGGAAAGUUAUGCAUUUCUUAACUCUGUCCGGCUGUUGGUUGGUCUUUGCGACUGCUUAGAAUCGGAAACGAUCGAGGCACUGAUCAAGGAGUAUCAGUCCGGUGACAGUGAUGUCGACUUCAGGUUGAAAGUUGGUGAAGCGUUGGUUAAAACUGUCGAAUCAGUCGGACCAAUAGCGUUCAAAUACAAGGAACAGUUGAUAAACUGCUUUUUGCACGAAAGCAAAAGUUCAGUAGAUGAGAUUCGAUCGUCCAGUCUGGCGAACCUGGGCAAUGUGUGCAAGAUCUUGUCGUAUCAGGUGCAUAACUUUUUCUAUGAGAUGUUCCUAGUUAUCAAAUCCGCCAUCGAAACGGAUCACUACCUACCUGUGCGACGUGCCGCCAUUCUUAUCCUCUCGCAGCUAAUCGAGGGUAUCGACAACCUGCUUGCCUUCCAGGAUUACCUUCUGUUGGUGUACCGCUUUUUGAAGUUCGUCGUCGCAACGGAACAGGAUGGCGUAACGCGACUACAAGCCGCCGUAGCUUUGGAUCACCUGACGGCAAAGACCACGGAAUUCCUUAGCGCUUCGACUGCCACUGAUCGGUUGGAAAAGGAGAUUCGGAUUUUCGGCAUCAAAGACCAAGCAGCGGAAGAACGCCGUCAAUCGAGUCUGAGUAGUAACAGCAUUUUGACAAAGUUAUUAGAUUAAAAUGGUUUUAUUACAGUUA